AUGGAUAGAAAUUCAGGCUUGGUAUCAGGUCAAUAUCUAUUUGGAUGGAGCUAUGAACACACAACUGCAGUAGUAGGAGAUGUCCUGUACUGCUGGGGAGGGAGCCAGGAAGGAUUAGAUGAGUCCCACGAUUCUCCUACAAAGAGACAGUGUACUUCUGUUAUUGAUGCAUUUAACUUAUUAUCUGGUGUUUGGUCCUCUCAACCUACUAGAGGUACUCCUCCACUGGGAAUCAGAGGAGUCUCCUGUACCACCAUUAAUAAUAAUAUUUAUUAUUUUGGUGGUUAUUGUGGCCAUGACAGUUGCUUCCAUAACAGUUUGAACUGUUUAGACACUUUAACUCUUCAAUGGAAAGAAUUACAAUCAACUAGUGACAACUCUGUGACUAAGAGAGGCUAUGGUGGUAUGAUAGCAAUGGGAAGGGAAGGUGAACCUCAACAGUUACUGGUUAUUUGUGGACUGGCUCCUAUAUCAACAACUGCACAGCACAAUCAGUUUAAAUAUCAUGAGAUACCUUGUUUUGAUGAUCAUCUUAGAACUAAUGAACAGAAUAUCUACAACUUUUCCAGUCGUAAGUGA